CAAGCUGGUGCUGGAACUGGAAGUACCGCAACUGGAGCUGCUGCAGCGCGACGACGUACUUCAGGAGAACUUGACUACACCAGAAACGACAAGCACCAAACUACAAGUCUCAACUUAUCUGCUGGUCCUCUCGACGACGAUCAUCUGCUUCACAAUCAUCAAGUAGGUUCCCAUCUGCAAGGCGACGAGAGUGAUGAUGACGACGAAGUAAGUGACGACAUUGUGCUGAAAAAAGGGCUUCAUCGGCUAGCGGAGAAUCGAGAUCUAGUGCUUUUCGCCUUCGCAGAAACGCAGAGCCCCUUGACCCCUUUCGUGACGAAGUAUCGGCGAAGCCUUUCUACGAAGCAUGGGUUAGACAUACAAGAGCAAACGAAUGCGCGUAUCGAGCAUCAGGAAAAGUUUGUUAUGGCUGGAGUCAGAAAGUCCGGGCGUGACCGUGAAUAUGAGUCCUCUCGUCCAUCUCAUUUCUAGCAUUCACCUCGAGAUAGUACAAGAAGACCGUUCUUGUGAUGUAGCAACAUAUAAUUUAUUAACCUCAUGUUCAUCCCUCAGUGGUAAACUACAAGAUGAGUAGCUUGUCUAAUUUGUGGGGCGGCGUAUGGCAAAGCUUCACUGCGAAACUCGCAACGAACAUCAAUGGAAAUUUGAAGACGCUUCUACUCGCGAGCAGCCGACUCUUUUACCACAAGCCACAGACUUUUUUUGGUAUAUGCCCUGAAGAAGGGCUCGGACCCCUGGUAACGAAUCCUAAGAAGGCCUUCUCAGGGAAGCUCCUCCGGCUCCGAAAGGGGCGACUAAAGAUUCUGUGUGUGGGAGCUCACUUUCCAAUAGCCAGUAUAGCGAGACACUUGGAGAAUCCGGACAAGAGAGCGGCGAUGGAAGGCUGUAAAUAUGUCAUGGCAAG